UUGGCUGUUUGGUCAACCGUCCCCGGUUGUUCUACAUAGAGUCUCUGCACAGCACCUGGCGCUGCCUACCUAACUGGUUACAGAAGGAAGAAGCAUUUACAGGUCUCCUGUCCGUUCCGUGUGCCGAACAAGCCGUGUGUGCGAGAGUGGGUCCGUGAGUGUGCGUACAUUGGUCGCGUAAGGCGGAGAGUGAGUUUGGUGUCAGGACCCACAGAAACACCCAGCUUCCACUCCACAUGCCUUCCCACGUGUGCUUGGUUGGCUAGCCUCAGUUUUUCCUGUGAUUGGGUGGUGGUGCGAUGGUGAUUCAGGCACCGAGCGUCGUCAUCGUCGUCGUUGCCAAUGCUGCAACAGGAACCAACGGAGAAGCUACUGUUUAUGAAAACCAGUGCAACAGUGCAACAGCGUUCAAGUGCUAUUUAUAGAGGCGCAGGCAGGCCGAGAAGAAGCGUUUCGAAUUUCCCUUAGGCACAUAGAUUGGCCCUAGAAAAGGCAGGAUGUCUGCGUUAAUCAGAAAGUGAAUGGGGGAGUCGCAUAAAAAAGGAUCUAGUUUUUUUGGCAGGUGAUACUAAAAAAAAGGGUACGUUUACAAAAAGAAAAGGUAGAAAGCUAGCCGAUAAAAAGAGUAAUCAAUUGGGCAGAUAAAUUGUGUAACAUUCGCCCAACCCACCUCCCUAUUGCUGCUUCUCCUCGACGGGAGUUGCUAGGUUUGUGUGAGUGCGUUGUUUUGGAUAGAUGUAAAAGGCAAAAGUGCAAUAAGUGCUAGUGGUGAAUGUUGGGUUGCCUUUGGGAGCUGGAACAAACCGGGAUGACGAAGCAAGGAUUAUCUAACAGUGGUGCAAGACGUUGAAGCGCUUGGUCCACCCACCGAGACAGUCCAACUAACUAGAAACGGGCCAGGAAACCCGUGGACUUCCAUCCGUGGAAAGGUCACAUGACCGUUCGCAAUGUGUAAAAUUCCAUUAUGGCCCUGGUUAGCCAUAGCAUGGACCCUGUUGUUGCAAAUCUGUUGCGUCAGUCCCGCUCAGUUAAGUGGUUUAAGAACAAACGAUGGAAAUCCUGGAACUAGCACCGGAACCGGAGGCACAGGAGGCAACGUGGUACCGAGUGGAAGUGGAAGCAGUUUCUCUCUUGGAGCAAGCAAGUUCAGCAUGGAAGCCAUCGACGACUCGCUGCAGACGAUCCAUGACAUUGCGACGGAAAAUUUGGGCACGCUCUGCCUCACCAAGCGAUUUCGGCCCCUACAGAUAACCUUGAACCCGGAACGCUACUCGGGUGCACGACAGAAAGCGGACCUGGCAGCCGUUGUGCUUCAGGAUGUCGGAGUUGCCCGUCACAACGGUCUGCUGGAUGCCCUUGCGAAGGGAUUACUCUCGGACGUACACGUUACGAGUGCACGCAUUCUGUCGAUAAACAUCUCCGACGGAAUGGUCACCAAUUCGGUUUGGUGGAAUAAACCCACCUCCGGCAUGGCCGGACCAGUUCGGAUAGAAGAGGCUGGAGUUGCCGUUGGGAAGACUCCCGACCCCGGCUAUCCAUGGUUCGAAGACGAAUCAUCCUCACCGGGACUACGAUCACCCAAGUUCGCUCCCUCCCCGCUAAACAUAUCCUUCAAAGGCUGGUGGACGUAUCCGUACUAUUCCUGUAACCAUAAACGGUGGAUCUUGUCCUACAGUGUUGCCAUACCUCCUAUGGGACGGCAUGGACUGCGUGGUUUCCUAAGCAUCGACAUCGACAUCUCGGAUCUGCAGGUCAACCAGUGCGACAAUCCAAACAAACUGGAUGUCAUAAGCUACCAUCACCACCUGAGACAAUACUACCCCUUCGUGCGGAACAUCAAGCUCUCCGAAGAGGAGCAAUACAGCCAGAUCGAAGCAUUCCACGGGUCACACAAAUGUCACGUUCACAGCAUGCGUUGCGUUUACCGACCGGUGGCGACGAACGUGGCAACGGCAGUCAAUUUGAACUACAAUCACUACAGUAAUACAAGUAGUUUCACCAAUGCUAGCAGUAGUGGGAGUUUGGCAAUCAUCAGCAAGAACCUAAGGGUUAUCAACGGAUGGACCCGAGGUGCGUACGAGUGCAAAUGUAGAGAUGGAUUCUACUCGGGACCGCAUCCUCGGGGGUUCAACGGAAGCAUCAUGGAAGUCGCCUACCAGGAGUACAGGGAUAACAUUAGCACCUAUUACAUGGAUGUGUUUGUGUGUAUACGGUGUGCUCCUGGCUGUGCGACCUGUACCGGGCCGGAACCGUGCCUGGCCAGCUACAACUGGGUGUUUCGAACAACUCUUCUCACAUUUUCGGUAAUGUGCGCCGGAUUCACCAUUGUUCUUGCACUGUACAUGUACCAGCACCGCAAGAUAAAGGUCUUCAAGGUGGCCAGCCCGAUCUUUCUCACCAUUACCCUGCUGGGUUGUGCCUUCAUGUAUCUGGAGAUGGCCGCCAUCUUCCCGAUCCUGGACACCUACUCCUGCAUAGCCACCAAGUGGACCCGCCACAUGGGUUUCUGCGUCACCUACACGGCCCUGCUGAUGAAAACGUGGCGCGUUUCGCUGACCUACCGAGUCAAAUCGGCACACAAGGUCAAACUUACCGACAAACAGCUUCUGCAGUGGAUGGUGCCGAUACUGCUGGUAAUGUUCAUCUACUUGGGAACGUGGACACUGUCAGCACCACCGACGGCCGAAAAGAUAGUCGAUCAGAACGGACUAAUAUUCAAACAGUGCUCCUACAACUGGUGGGAUCACAGUCUGGCCAUCGGCGAGGUGCUAUUCCUGGCAUGGGGCAUCCGUGUUUGCUACAACGUCCGAAAUGCCGAGUCGCUGUACAACGAGGCCCGACUCAUCUCGUACGCCAUUUACAACAUAGCGCUCGUCAACACCACGAUGGUUGCGUUCCAUUUAUUCUUCUUCCCCCAAGCCGGUCCGGAUAUAAAAUAUCUGCUAGGCUUUAUCCGGACACAGCUGAGCACAUCCGUGACGAUAGCACUGGUUUUCGGACCGAAAAUUCUGCGAAUACUGCGUGGUCAGGGUGACCAGUGGGACCAACGAGCCCGGAAACGAGGCAUAACCGCGUCGUUCUCCCUCAAUGGCAUUGGGCUGGUUCCGGAGGAAACCGCAGACCUGUACCAGGAAAACGAAGAACUUAAGGAAGAAAUUCAGAAACUCGCUGCUCAAAUUGAAUUCAUGAAGAUUGUUCACAUGGAGAUGAACAAUCGGCACCUGAAGCCGAAACCGGGGAGCUAUUUCACGCUGAAGAGUCCACUCGGUAAGUGCAUCGGAGGCAGUGGGCUGCAUUCGUCGCACAAGCACAAACAUCCGAAAGAGGACUCGCUCAAGGAGACCAGCGGCAUCACCGAGGACGGCCAUAGUGGUGGUACCAACAGCUGUUAUUCCGGCACGGCCAAUUCGAUAGGCUAUUCAUCAACAACCCACACCGGCCAACAGCAGCAGCUACAGCAACAGUCCCAGCAACAACAAUCUAACGGAACCGAAAGGGUAUGACAUGGCUACCGAGGUGAACGAGAUUGCCCAGCUGCACCCGUCGUCGUCAUAAUCACAACCCCACCCAGCACCAUCCCCCGCAAAGAACCACCGGCCAACGGUGGUUCCCCCUCCUGCCCGUCGUCAUCUUCCCAAACGUACACAGCGACUGACAGCACCAACCAUAACGAUAGCGUCAACAUGAAUUACAACCUUCGUCGGCGCAGCAGCGGAAAUGCCCCCCUUGGCACCGACAUCCAGAGCAGCAGUAGCAGUAGCAGUAACAAUAACCAAUCCGAACAGGAAUAUUCAGCAUCCUCACGUACAGCCGACCCACAGGAGCAGCAUUAUAACCGGAUCAACAACAACCAUGUAAUUGAUGAAGCCACCGGGUUAGACGAAUACGAACCAAGUACUUCGACGGCAACGGUGGCAGGUGAUGGUUCAGAACCUAAUUCCAUCCCGAAUCCGACCGACACCCCAACGGCCGACAGUAGCAAUGAAUCACCCAGCAAAACCGUCGACACCAGAAUCCCGGUUUAUGUAUGAUAGCAAGAUUUCGCAGUGGAUGGUUCAGCCCUCUUCCCGAUCGAGCUCGAGGCUGACCCCCGUUAAGAGCACAAUUCUUUGACCUGACUCUCAUCACUACCCAUCAUCGGCAGUGUGCUUUCAUGAGCCAUAAAAACCGGCAGCGGGAGAUCACUAACCAAUGAUAGCGAUGUGCGUUUUUUUAUGGCUCGUGAGCCAUCUGAUUUUUGUUAUCGCAGCUUGAUUGAGGUGGAGAAUUUUGGUUGCGAUUAUUAAGAUAACUUCAAUCACUUCAGAUCCUCUUUCACUGCAAGUUAAAUCAUUCAAAUGAUGCACCAUGAAGAAAAAUAGAUACUAUCCCGCCGGUUCGCCCGAUCCGUGGGUGGAAGAAAGCUGAAAAACAAUUUGUCAACGCACGGUCGGAAGUUACCCAGUCUCGUUUUGAUGAUGAAAACCAUACAGUAUUUUUGUCCCCCUGUCAUCAUCCGCUGCUACUAUUUACUGUCGCUCUACAGCCUGCGUUUAACCCGAGUGCAGCCAUCCAUCCCCCGGAACAAGCCCAAAAGUGUCAACAAUGAACCCAUACAGCUCAACAUUUACCCUGGCGGUAAUUAAAUAAAAUUGAAAUUGAAUUAUAUUUUACCGACAGCCCAACCAGAACCACCAGCAACGCAAAAUCACUCUACACGAGCGGAAGCAAGACAAUGAAGCUUUCAUCACCGGAUUUUUCUGCGUUAUACCGGUAACCACUCGAGAGAGGGCGCCACAUGAGUGUUCUAUGUGUACUAAUUAUUGGGAAACAUUUUUUUACCAUUAUACCUUUUGCCAAUUUAAUUAAUUUAAAUCGAUGUGGCGUCGGCGGAGUCGAUGUGUCAUCCAUUACUGGCUAAUGGCUAUGCGAAUUAAAAAUCGUAACGGACAGAAUUGGUGGCCGUAGUGAUUCUUUUGAAGAGCGGAAAGUUCACCUUGGUUGCCGAUCGGAAUGUAUGAACAGGUAAUCAUUGAUGGACGCUGACUUGGUGUGAUGACAAUAAAAAUGUGCACCAAAUGAAAUCACACACUGUUUCAUGAAACCACGCAUGAGACAUCGGAGAUAUCGGAAGAUACAGCAAAGUUGGAAAGAACGGGUCAUUCUUUACGAGAAGAAAAAGGCUAAUGUCAACAUUUGAAACGAAAAGUGAGAACAUAAAUUCAAAUUGUUUGUGUGGUAGAGAUCUGUAGGGUAGAUUCGUAAAACAUAAAUAAGAAGAAAGUAGCGAACAUGAUACAAAUCAGUUGGUAGAUGAUCCAGUGAUGAAGUAGGAAAACUGAACUUUUGUUAAUUUGGUUAUGGUUGAGUAAUUUUUUGAAUCGGAAGAUCUUGUAAGUUUGUACGAUUGAUGGAAACGAUCUUCGAUAAGGCUAUGUAAUACAAUAUUCAAAGCAAGGAAUACCUCAUCUGACAGGCUUUGUAGUUGUGCUAGAUAUGACAUAAACAGUAUUGGCCACCUCCGUAGGGGUAUGGAGGGGACCAAUUAUCGAUACCGAAACAAACAACUUCAUAAGACACCCUAAACAAACUUUAAUUUUUUAACAAAUGGUUCAUGAGCUGUCAUAUGCAGUGCUGCGUGCUGCCAACAAUGUCAAUUGACGUAAGAUAUUGGUCUAACAUUGCAUUUCACUUUCUACACUGAUAUUCUUGGUAAGCAUAAUAUCAGGCGGUCAAGCUAUUGCUAUCCAUAUUAAUAUCACUAAGGAAAAGUUGGAAAUCUUACAUUUGUUUCAAUAAAUUAACUUUUUUGUAUAACCGAUGCAUUGUUUUAAUAUUACGGAGGAAUUUUCUAAAGAUCGGUACUCGAUUAGCUGGUGUAUAUAAGAAGCAUUUGCGGCAGAACUUUGAAUAUCAGUGGUCCCUUUACGAUGUCAAUGUCAAGGCGAAUGAUAUUGGUAUUCUAAUUGUGUGAAUUGAUACUGACAUCAGGACAUCAGGAAAUUCAGCAUUUUGUAGGUAUUGAUGUUGCGGAUAACCCCCGUAAUGCAUUCAAGAAAGGCACCCCCUGGAAUAAUCAAGAUUGUAUUGGUUAUCACGGAGAUUGGCAGCCAGAAAUCAUGAAGCUUAUUCGCCAGCAAUUCGAGCAGUAAUUACGAACGAUUGAGAGAGGCCGCUUUUUUAAAUUACAAAAUGGUUACUGAACCAAAUGAAAAGUGUUGCCAUUUAGCUUUAACAAUAAUCAAUCAAACGACAAAUCAGUAUGCCAAACUUUUCUAUCAUUCGUACAAAUUUUCAAGCACACAUUCGUUUAAUUUAUCAAAAUAAAUCCACAAGAACGAAUCAAUCAAUCACAUAACAAUUUAAAACUUAUUAAUAUCCUAGCCAAACAAAAACAGUCAAAUUAAACCCACCCUGAGAGAAAAAAACGCUAUCAAGAUGACGAUCUACUAACUAAAUAGAUAAAUUAAACUAAUUGUAUAAAUACUAAAAACAAGACUAAGAAAAUGUUAGCACAAAAUGAUGUUCGAUGUCACUGAAAAAAAUAGGCAUAACAAAUGUUUAAAUUCACAAAAACGAUUGAAAACAAAGUGUUAUAGCGAAACAGAAGACUCGAUAGAAUCAAAUCCUUUUUUUUUAAUUUAACAUUAACAGAAUCUCAUAUGUGUAGCCUUAAACAAAAGAUGGUAAAAAGCAGAAAAAGCAAACAAGACAUUGCCUAUAUCAAAGGAGCACAAUAAGUAAAAAAAAAAACACGAAAUGAAGCAAAUUGAUGUGAUAACCAGGCAUAAGCACUGUGCUUUGGUCUACUUUCGAUAUGAAUGCUUCUUCCUCGAAAGGAUCAAACUUUUUUAUACCCUCAAAAGAUUUAUUUUUCACGGAAGUCCUGAAGCAAGAGCACGCCUAGGUAAGUCUUUCAGUGAUAAAAAUUGACACAAAACUUUCACUUCGUCGCAGAAAUAGGAAGGAUAGCAAAACUCUUUUGGCCUCAUCAAGGGCCAGCGGAUGGUAAGUUGUAACGUAAACACAUUUACUUUUGGCAGCUAUUAUCACUCUCUGUAAGCCGAUUGCGAAAAGCUGAAACAAGAAGCGAUAGUAAACGAGAUGAGUGGGUUUCCGAGGGGUGGAGGGUGAAGGUGAAAGGAGUAGUUCCAGGGCAAAGUACAAAACAAAAAUAUGUUUGACUCGACCUUCUCCGAUUUGCAUGAAACUUUGUAUAAUUGUUUGUUAUGAGCAAUCAUUCGCAUAUGUGUUAAAAUUCGGUUAAUUUGAAAGUUUUUUUUUUCAGAAUUGCAUUUUUAUAAUUUUUAAAUAAAUUAUAGCAUGAAAACAUUAUUUCCAAUUGAAUUCACGUUGUGAGACAAAGUUGUUGGGACACAUAUACACGGUUAAUUUUUCUUAGUAAUUUUUUGGAAAAAUAAAAUUUUAAAAGUGUUAUAACAAGAAAACACAUUUGUAUACUUUUAAAAUUGCUUGUACAAAAUACAAACUUUUGAAAUAUUUAUAUCUUUGAACGCAUAAAAAUUAACCAAAAUCAUAAGAAAAAUCCCCUGUAAAAUGUUUAAAAUUUUUGUUCGUAAGUUUUUUUUUUGUUAGUUUUGCACAGGAAACAAUAUUUCAAACCUUAUUAAUCGUUUUCUGAGCAAAAUUAACACAAAUAUUGCAUAGAAAAGAAGUUCAAAUAUUUUACCAAAAGUUUUUGUUUUACGGUGCUCGUCAAUUUGUGAGAUAGGGUAAAUGGCUCUAAUGUUGGCCUAUGGAUCUAAAAUUGGGUCCAUCGCUAAAAAUCUGCUAUUUAUCAAUUUCAUCUAGAUGAACUCAUGGAUAUUUUGGUCGCUAUUGAAAAUUAAGCCGAUUGCUGAAUUUAUGUAUGGGCUGACAUUUCCACUACGCCAUUUAGAAAAGAAAAUUGAAAGGUUCGAAGUGGCCAAUUUUAGCACAAAUUUGUAUGAUUGCCCAUAAAAAAAAAUUGUUCAAUCAAAGUUUCAUGCAAAUCGGAGAAGGUAAAGUUUGAUCGAUUCGUCAUUUGGUAUGGAACUGCUCGAAGGUGUCAAAUGGUGGAAGGUUGCAUGACGUAGUGAGCGGGAGCUGACGAUAUAAAGCUUACAAAAGAUGAUUGAGCAUUAUAUAUGACUAUAGCUUUGGGUGGGAUCAGUGUACUUGGGUUUUGAUAAAGCGAUUAUUUUCUUCAUAGGUAGACAAAUUUGUUUUGAGAUUGAGACGGAUUCAGCCCAAGGUUCUAAUGUUGAUAUGUUCAUGUCCCGUCAGAGUCAGAGUGAGUUGUGUUGAGUAAAGCCCUCUAGAAAACGUGUGAACGACAGUCUUCAGAGAACUGAGAAAUGUUGUUCCAAUCUAGCAAAGCAAUGCUUAUUGACAGUUCGAUUGGAACUGCUCUUGGCACACUCCCAAUCGUUUGAUUAAGGGCUUUAAUGUCAAGUGCUCCCAGGGAUGUCAUGUAAUCAGAUGUAUAUGCAACAGCUUAUAUCAUCAUCUAGAGAAAAAGGCAACCAUCCUAUUUUGCAAGAUAACUGAUAUUCUGGAAGAUUUUGAAUUUAAUUAUUGAAACCAUUCUCAUGAUCAGUAAACGCAUUUUCAUAUGAGUAUAGGGUGUCCCAGAUAGUAUAAGCCCUUUUUUAUUGGAAUAAAACAACGUUCUGUUAAUGAACUCAAAUUUUUAUUUCAUAAAGGGUAGGUGUUCCAGUAAUAGUAGUGUACCUAUAGUUGCGAUAUGGAGGUUGUGCCGGAAUAGUGAAGAGGAUCCGGAUAAUAUUAUUUUUCAUCGGUAGCUCACCUAAAAUAAAGCAUAUUUGCAUAUUUCAAACUUAAAAUAUGCCCAAAAGUGACGGAAAAUAAUUAAUUUUCCUUAAAAAUUUCACUCCUUUGCACCUAUAGUUGCGGUAGUGUUCCUAAAAUAGUGGAACCCAUAAGAAACCAACGCAUUCCACUAUUAAAGAAACUAA